AUGAAUGAACAGGGUAAAGUGGCUGAGCUUCGGCAAGAGCUAGUCAACUCGGGCAAAAAAGAUAAGAACCAUGCGGCAAAGAAGAAUGCUCUCAAGAAGAUUGUUGCCAACAUGACGAUGAGCAACAACGAUAUGAUCGCACUGUUUCCCGACAUUAUAGCCUGUAUGCAAAUUCCAGUGCUUGAGAUCAAGAAAAUGUGUUUCCUGUACCUUCAACAUUACGCUCGCUUGAAGCCUGAUAUUGCUCUCCGGGCGCUGCCUGUCUUGCAAGAGGAUAUGCAAGAUACAAACCCGUUGAUUCGCGCGCUCGCCUUACGGACGAUAUCCUAUGUUCAUGUUCGAGAAUUCGUUGAAGGUACCAUCGAGCCACUGAAGAAGUUGAUGAUGGAUCAAGAUCCAUACGUGAGAAAGACUGCGGCCAUCACCGUUGCCAAAGUCUACGAUCAUGAUAAACGUCUCAUCGAAGUGUCAGAUCUCAUCGACAGACUCAACAGAAUGCUGAAGGACGACAAUCCGACCGUUGUUGCAAGUGCACUAUCGGCACUGCAAGAUAUCUGGGAGAGGAACGAAAACAUCAAACUGACGAUCGAUUAUACCAGUGCGUCGAAGAUUGUCUCCAUUCUCCCGGACUGCAAUGAGUGGUCCCAGACAUAUGUGCUUGAGGCCUUGACCUCCUAUGUACCCCAAGAGUCCGGAGAAGCACUCCUGUUAGCGGAGCGCAUAGCCUCUCGGCUUGCUCAUUCCAAUUCGGCCGUGGUUCUUACCUGCAUCCGUGUCAUCAUGUACUUGAUGAAUUACAUUUCCGACCAGAGAAAAGUGGAGGAACUGUCGCGCAAAUUAUCGCCCCCGCUCAUCACCCUCCUGUCCAAGCCCCCGGAGAUCCAGUAUCUCGCGUUGAGAAACGCCAUCCUCAUACUUCAGCAACGACCUGAGGUUCUCCAGAAUGACAUCCGCGUCUUUUUCUGCAAGUACAACGACCCUAUCUAUGUCAAAGUCACCAAACUUGAGUUGAUUUUCAUGCUGGCGAACAAGAGUAAUAUCUCGGUGGUACUUAACGAGCUACGGGAAUACGCGACCGAGAUUGAUGUCCAGUUCGUGCGUAAGGCUGUUCGCGCAAUUGGGAAGCUUGCGAUCAAGAUCGAAUCGGCAGCCCGGUUAUGCAUUGAUACACUCCUCGACCUCGUGAAUGCGAAGAUCCCAUACAUCGUCCAGGAAGCGACUGUGGUGAUCAAGAAUAUCUUUCGCAAAUACCCCAAUCAGUAUGAAUCCGUCAUUUCCACUGUGAUCGGGCAGAUUGACGAGCUUGAUGAGCCCGAGGCAAAAGCAGCAAUCAUCUGGAUCAUUGGAGAGUACGCAGAUCGGAUUGAGAAUGCCGAUGCACUGCUUCAAGACUACCUUUCCACGUUUCACGAGGAAUCUAUCGAGGUCCAACUCGCCCUGCUGACCGCGACGGUCAAAUUGUUCCUGCAUCGACCGACGAAGGGUUCUUCCCUCGUCCCUCAAGUGCUCAAAUGGUGCACCGAGGAGACCGAUGACCCGGACCUCCGCGAUCGAGGAUACAUGUACUGGCGGCUUUUGUCUAGCGACCCGGUGACGGCCAAGAAGGUGGUCAUGGGCACAAAACCACCCAUCUCUGCGGAGAGCGAGAAGCUUGACCCCACGACCCUGGAAGAACUCUGUUUGGGCAUUGGCACUCUUGCGACCAUUUACUUGAAACCCGUACAACAAGUAUUCCGCGCUGCACGGCCUCGUCGGCUGCAAGAUUCACCGGCUCUACAGCGUAAGAAAGAGGAUUUGAGCCGUGCGCUCGGGUCGCCCGGAAUGAAUCUGGCGUUUCCGUCGCUCUUGAACACGACUGUUACGACGCCAGGCGGCACACCGCUCGGAGGGCACCAGGCCGCAAUCGAGGCAGCAGAUGAAUACUUCAAAAACUUGAGCCUGAGUGAUAAUAGCGGUGGAGACAUCCUCACCAGCCCUACCACAGGCGGUGUAGCAGGGAAUCCUUAUGUCGUCAGUCAGAAUGCUCCGCAGCAGGUGUACCAUCCUCAAGCCGGGGUUGCCGGCAACGGAGACCUCUUGCUGUAG